AUGGCGGCAGCAAUGUUUAUAUUUAGGAACGUUGCCAGGGCCAAAAAGGAUGGCAAUAUGGCGGCAGCAAUGUUUAUAUUUAGGAACGUUGCCAGGGCCAAAAAGGAUGGCAAUAUGGCGGCAGCAAUGUUUAUAUUUAGGAACGUUGCCAGGGCCAAAAAGGAUGGCAAUAUGGCGGCAGCAAUGUUUAUAUUUAGGAACGUUGCCAGGGCCAAAAAGGAUGGCAAUAUGGCGGCAGCAAAGUUUAUAUUUAGGAACGUUGCCAGGGCCAAAAAGGAUGGCAAUAUGGCGGCAGCAAUGAACGUUGCCAGGGCCAAAAAGGAUGGCAAUAUGGCGGCAGCAAUGUUUAUAUUUAGGAACGUUGCCAGGGCCAAAAAGGAUGGCAAUAUGGCGGCAGCAAUGUUUAUAUUUAGGAACGUUGCCAGGGCCAAAAAGGAUGGCAAUAUGGCGGCAGCAAAGUUUAUAUUUAGGAACGUUGCCAGGGCCAAAAAGGAUGGCAUUAUGGCGGCAGCAAUGUUUAUAUUUAGGAAUGUUACCAGGACCAAAAGCAUGGAACGUUACCAGGACCAAAAGCAUGGCAAUAUGGCGGCAGCAAUGUUUAUAUUUAGGAACGUUGCCAGGGCCAAAAAGGAUGGCAAUAUGGCGGCAGCAAUGUUUAUAUUUAGGAACGUUGCCAGGGCCAAAAAGGAUGGCAAUAUGGCGGCAGCAAUGUUUUUAUUUGGGAACGUUGCCAGGGCCAAAAAGGAUGGCAAUAUGGCGGCAGCAAUGUUUAUAUUUAGGAACGUUACCAGGACCAAAAGGAUGGCAAUAUGGCGGCAGCAAUGUUUAUAUUUAGGAACGUUGCCAGGGCCAAAAAGGAUGGCAAUAUGGCGGUUAUAA